AUGGCUCAAAAUAGUAAUUUAACUCCUGAGGAUGUCUUAAAAAUUCAGAUUACACCAAUAUGUAAUCAAAUGAAUAUUGAAGAGGAAGAUAUUAGGAGAAUUUCUUCGCAUAUUUUAAGAAAUUUGACUCCUUCACAACGUGAUAUCCUUAUUGACUUGACCAAUAGGAUCAAUUCUUAUAGAAUUGAAUCUCAGAGACUAGAUGAUGACAAUCUGGAGAAUGUAAUUUAUCGAGGAUGUGAAUUCUCAAACUUGAUAGAUUUGGUAAACUCUUUUGUUGCUGAACAAUCGCAAAAAAUAAUUGCAAUAAACCUGUCUAAAGCCAUUUGUUUUGGAUGGAUGGAUGGAAUAUG